AUGGGUGAGAGCAAGUGCCCCUAUAGCCUCAAGCAGGCUAAUGCCGCUGGUGGCGGUACCCAACCCAGUGAUUUGUGGAAGGAUCAGCUGCCCGUCCACAUUCUCCGCCAGAACUCCUCGUCGGCUAGCCCUGUUGGAAAGGACUUCAACUAUGCCGAGGCCGUCAAGAAGCUCGACUUUGCUGCCCUCAAGAAGGAUAUGCACGCCCUCAUGACCGACUCCCAGGACUGGUGGCCCGCUGACUUUGGCCACUAUGGUGGUCUCUUUAUCCGUCUGAGCUGGCACUCAGCUGGAACAUACCGCCAAUUCGACGGUCGUGGCGGUGGUGGCCACGGUCAACAGCGAUUCGCCCCCCUCAACAGCUGGCAGGACAAUGCCAGUCUCGACAAGGCCCGUCGUCUCCUCUGGCCCAUCAAGCAGAAGUAUGGUGAAAAGAUCUCGUGGGCAGACCUCAUUGUGCUCGCUGGAAACAUUGCCUUGGAAGACAUGGGCUUCAAGACUGCUGGCUUUGCUUUCGGACGCCCCGAUAACUACGAAGCCGAUCACUCGACCUACUGGGGCCGCGAGCCUGAAUUCUGGGGCAACAAGGAGCGUUACGAGGGUGGAAUUGAAGGUCUUGCCGGCUGGCAAGUCAAGAGGGGUGGUGAUAAUCUGCCCGCCAAGAACCUCGAGGCCCCUCUGGCUGCCUCGGUCCAUGGCCUUAUCUACGUCAACCCCACUGGUCCCGAGGGCAGCGCCGAUCCUAUAUGGGCUGCCAAGGACAUCCGCGACACAUUUGGACGAAUGGGUAUGGAUGAUGCCGAGACCGUUGCUCUGAUUGCCGGAGGCCACUCCUUUGGCAAGACGCAUGGUGCCGCCCCCGACAGCCACGUUGGUGUUGAGCCUGAGGCUGCUGAUCUUGAGGAGCAGGGCUUCGGCUGGACUAGCAAGUACGGCUCCGGAAAGGGACCCGACACCAUCACCAGUGGUCUCGAGGUGACGUGGACUAAGACUCCUGCCAAAUGGAGCUACGACUUCCUGGACUACCUCUUCAAGUUCGAAUGGGAACUUGUCAAGAGCCCUGGUGGUGCUCCCCAGUGGCAGGCCAAGAACGCCGAGGCCACCAUACCCGACGCUUACGACCCCAACAAGAAGCACGUUCCCACCAUGCUAACCACUGACCUGUCGGUCCGCUUCGACCCCGAGUACGAGAAGAUUGCCCGUCGCUUCCUUGCAAACCCCGCUGAGUUUGAGGACGCCUUUGCCAAAGCUUGGUUCAAGCUUCUGCACCGUGACAUGGGCCCCCGUUCCCGCUACAUUGGUCCUGAUGUUCCCAAGGAGGAGUUCAUCUGGCAGGACCCCAUCCCCGCCCUCGACCACCCAAUCGUUGACUCCGGGGACGUCGUAGCUCUCAAGGCGGAGAUCCUCAAGACUGGUGUCGCACCCUCUAAGCUCAUCUCAGCCGCCUGGGCCUCCGCCUCUACCUUCCGCAACAGCGACAAGCGCGGUGGUGCAAAUGGUGCCAGGAUCCGCCUCGCUCCCAUGAAGGACUGGAAGGUCAACAACCCCACUGAGCUCGCCGAGGUCCUCAAGGCCCUCGAGGGUAUCCAGAAGCGUUUCAACAGCUCCGCCAGCAACGGAAAGAAGGUCUCCAUUGCCGACCUGAUCGUCCUUGGUGGCUGUGCUGCCGUUGAGAAGGCUGCCAAGCAGGCUGGCGUUGACGCCACAGUCCCCUUCACCCCCGGUCGCACGGACGCUUCACAGGAGCAGACCGACAUUGAGGCUAUGAACUACCUUCAACCCUAUGCCGAUGGCUUCCGCAACUAUGGCCAGUCGACCUCGCGUGUCAGGGCUGAGCACAUCCUCAUCGACCGUGCCCACCUGUUGAGCCUGACCCCUCCUGAGAUGACGGUGCUUGUCGGCGGUCUACGCGUUCUUGGUGCCAACUACGACAACUCGUCAACCGGUGUUUUCACCUCGCACCCCGGUGUUCUGACCAACGACUUCUUUGUCAACCUUCUUGACAUGGCCACUGAGUGGAAGCCCACUGACGCCAGCGGCGAGACCUUUGACGGUCUUGACCGCAAGACUGGCCAAAAGAAGUGGGUUGCUUCGCGUGUUGACCUUGUCUUUGGUUCUCACGCUGAGCUGCGCGCCAUUUCUGAGGUCUACGGCUGCUCUGACUCCGGCAAGAAGCUCGUGUACGAUUUCAUUUCUGCCUGGGACAAGGUCAUGAACCUUGAUCGCUUUGAGGUAUCCACCCAGGCUCGUCCCCGCCUAUGA